AAAAGUCGACAGCUAAAACAAGUUGGGUGUUUCCACCUUGAUUCCCUCUCAGCCUCUUUCUACUCGGCUAGUCAAAAUAUAUUUAUACACGUUCCCUUAUCUCACAUGAUCAUUUUACUCCCAACGUUUAAAUUAUCAUCUAUCAUAUCAUAUCAUAUCAUAUCAUAACCAAUCAAUUAAAAAGCCAUGGCUUCUCUGAUAAUCAAUCUCCUCCUAAUUUUCUCUCUAAUUCAACUUCUUCACCCCGGUGUCGCCGCCGCAUGGAGCGUCGGGGUGAAUUACGGUACACUAGGGGACAACCUUCCGCCACCAGCUCAGGUGGCGGAAUUCCUCAAAACAAAAACAUCAAUAAACAGGAUAAAACUGUUUGAUGCUAACCCGGACAUCGUACGGGCUUUUGCAAACUCCGGUAUAGCCGUGACAAUAACCGUAGCGAACGGGGAGAUUCCGAAUCUUGUUCAGCUCUCAGGGGCUCAGCAAUGGGUGGCUACUCAUGUUAGUCCUUUUGUUCCACAGACAAGGAUUAUAAGAGUGCUUGUUGGUAAUGAGGUUCUUCAUUGGGGCCCUCAAAAUCUGAUUGAUAACCUUGUUGCUUCCAUGCGUACCCUUCAUCAAGCCCUUCAGCAGGCUGGUCACAGGCACAUUCAGGUAUCUUCUCCUCAUUCUUUGGCCAUCCUAGCCAGGUCACAACCCCCAAGCACAGGCCGUUUUCGACCUGGAUGGGACAAGGGUGUGUUAGCUCCAAUGCUCCAAUUCCUACGCGAAAGCAAGUCUCCUUUCGUCGUAAACCCCUACCCAUACUUUAAUGUUUAUCCCAAGAACGUCAACUUCUGCCUCUUUAAAAGAAAUAGAGGACAAUUUGAUAGGUGGACCAAGAAGAUGUACUACAACAUGUUUGAGUCUCAAAUGGAUGCUGUCUAUUCUGCCAUGAAGGCCUUGGGCUACGCAGAUGUUGACAUUGUGAUCGGCGAGACAGGUUGGCCUACGGUUGGUGAGUCUUUCCAGACUUGGGUCAACCCCGCGGAUGCUCAGACAUUUAACUCGAGGCUAGUUAUGGCAGUCAACUCGGGCAAAGGAACUCCUUUGAUGCCUGGCAGGAAGUUUGAGACUUACAUUUUCGGGCUGUUUACUGAAAAUCAAAAGCCUGGACCUGUUGCGGAGAGGAACUUUGGGUUGUUUAGGCCCGACUUCACCCCUGUCUACGACAUUGGCGUCCUCAGAGGUGGACAAAAGCCUCAGGCCCGUCCUAGCCCUACUCCAGCCCUACCUGGCCCAGCUAAGCCUAGCCCAAGCAAUAACUGGUGUGUGCCAAAAGCACAGGCCACUGAUGCCCAAUUGCAGUCCAAUAUCAACUAUGUCUGCAGCCAAGGAGUUGAUUGCAAGCCUAUCCAACCCGGCGGUGCAUGUUUCAACCCAGACAAUGUUAGGGCUCAUGCCACCUAUGCAAUGAACACGUUUUACCAGACCAAGGGUCGCCAGCCCUUCCAAUGCGAUUUCUCUCAGACUGCUGUUCUCACCAAUCGUAAUCCAAGUUCCGGUACAUGUAGAUUUUAAACUGUAGGCUGAAAAUUGGAAGUCAGGAUUCAGGAGUUAAGGACUAGCUAGGAGGCUGGUCCCACCGACAAAAUUAUUUAUUCUUGAUCCAUUAACAUAAUAAUUGUGUAGUUUAGCACUCUAGUUGAUGGUCACUAAUUAGCAUUAUGGUGUAUCUUUUUCAGUGUGUAAAUUUAGAAAAAAGGAGCUGGAAUAUAAGCAUAAUGGAAUUUUUCAUUCAUGAGAAUAAAUUCACUCUUUUUUGUUUGGGCUU